AUGAGUCUCGUACCGUCCCAAUCAUUAGGAAUAACAAAAUACCAGCUACUUUGUGCUUUGGCAGCGUCUCUCGGGUGCAUCAAUUUUGGCUGGGGCAUGGGCGCGACUAAUCUUCCUGGCGAUAUCAUAUCAAAGUGCAAAGCUGGCCCAAGUCACCUCAUUAAUCAUUUACCGUCGUGUAUUCCCGUCAGUGACAUUAUAUGGGGACUAGUGGUUGGCUCAUUUGCACUAGGCGCACUUGUAGGGGCUCUGUCAUGCACGCGCUACUCCAACAUCUACGGCUGCAAGACAGUUCUGCUGUACUCCAACGCAUUGUCGAUUGCCAGCGCUCUGCUGUUUAUGUUUUCUGUAAACAUUUCAAUGCUUGUCAUAGCCCGGGUUUUCAUAGGAAUAGCAGCUGGAACAGCAAACGUGACAUUUACUAUUUAUAUAGUUGAGAUUACUACGACAAAAGCUAGGAGCUCGUUGGGAUCCAUGACCCAGAUGGCAGUAAUGUUUGGAAUAAUUCUUGCCCAGCUGCUCUCACUGUCGAUGCUGACCCCGCCUCUUUGGCGCCUCCUGCUGGCAAUGACCGGUGUUAUUUCAAUUUUCAGUAUUGUCUUGUUGUUUUAUUGCGCUGAAUCACCAAAGUGGCUGAUUAUGAAUGACCAGCCAGUAGAAGCUCUAAAUGCACUGCAGCAACUCCGCAAGGGUUCGGAUUGUUCUGCCGAGUUCAAACACAUGGUCAAUACGGCACGAGAGGAGAUGGGCCCCGAUGCAUGCACCGCGUCGAUUAUUGAUGUUCUGGGUGGAAACACGCCAGAUAACCUUCAGCACCAGCUUUUGGUAUCUUCCAUGCUGAUGGUGUUCCAGCAGGCCAGCGGUAUCAGCGGGGUGGCAUUCUAUUCGACAGCUCUUUUCAACACGGUGACUGGGGAAAGUAACUCUGUUUUUUCCAGCUCGCCAACAACGUCACAGGUGUUGACCGGGAUUUUAUCCACAGUAGGCGCUGCAAUGAAUCUGGCUGGAAUGCUACUUUCAGUGCACUUCCCGCGCAGAACUCUCCUUUUGUUUUCUCAUUUUGCUAUGGGCUUGUGCAGCAUUCUGAUAUCCGUCGGCAGCAUCAAAGGUGUGAAUCCAUUGGCUAUCACCAUGGUGUUUGUUUACCUUUCGGUUUUUUCGGUCGGCUGUGGCCCCAUCCCGUGGGUGUCCCCGAGUGAGAUGACUCCGACGUACGCGGUUGCGGCCAUCGGGGCUAUCAGCGGCAGCAUCAACUUUAUAUGUAUAUUUGCCAUUGGCCUUGUGUUUUCUCCUCUGCUUGAUGCGCUGGAUGGGUACACAUUUCUGCUAUUCGCAGCGACCAACUUUACUGCCGUGUUGUUUUUCUUUUUCUUCCUCCCAGAAACCAAGGGUCUCUACGUUGCUGAUGUUGUGCGCAUGCACUCUGUCAGUAUCCACAAUUUCGUGUCUGCGCGGUACAAGAUGACUGUCGCAUCCCCUGAAAAGGAUGCAAUUCGGACUGGUUCUGCUUGAUUUUCGAAUCAGUGAUUUUUCCAAUGAACAAAAAUACACUAGCAAAUCCCCAACCAUUGAGAAAACCUUUGGUAUUGUGUUUACGCGCCUAUUUUUAUAUUUUGUUAAAAAGUAGUGUGUUAACAACUUUUACCAGAGGUAGGAAAUUAAGUGCGAUCAUUUGGCAGAGACUCAGCAGCAGCAGCCGGGCUCAUCCCCGCAGGCAGUGCACGAAUUGAUUUGUCCACAUGUUAUGGUGGCUAUAGCCGUCAGUUGUUUAACACAGGACAGGGCUUUGUCAAAUGAGCAAGUGGAUCUAUGAAUCUAUUUUCUCU